GCAGUCACUUUACUAAAUUGGUGUCCCAACCCACACAAUUGUUGUUGUUUAUUGUCCUGUUCAGAUCUCUUGUUUUUUUUUUUUUUCUUCAUUUUUGUUUGUUAUUCCAAUCUGAGGUAUGAAAUAAUGAAAUGAAAAGAGAAAAAAGAAAAAGUGAAGUUUGUGGAUGGGGUUGGUAUAACAAUGAAUGAGCAUUUCACCUUUCACAAGAACAUGGAAUUGCUGAUUCUUUUCUCUCUCAAUUGCAUUGCAAUAAGGUGAGCUGGUUUGAAUGCCAAUUGAAAGUCAUGUGAUGGGUCUUGUGUGUUCUCUAGUGAAAGAGUAGUGAGCAUGAUGUUUCCUGAAAAAUUGGGGGCACAGGAAUCUCUUUGUCAGGAUUUGCACAGUUUGAGCGUGUCCAAGCGUCUUGUGAGGAGUGUCAGCCAGAAGUUGAGGAAGAAAAACAACGCUAGUGCGUCGGAAGAAGAUGAUGGUGUCAAUGGAGUUUCUUUGAGAUGCUUAAAUCUGUAUGGUAGGGGUGGGGGCUGCAAGGUAGGUGCUGACACUGGUGAUGAAUUUGGUGAUUCGAGCACUAGAAGGAGAUCUAGUGCCAGUGAAGAAGGGAAGGGAUAUAAACCAGUUUGUGGCCCUGAAGAAACUGUCGUUGAUUGCUUCUCUUAUGGGGUGAAGGACAGGUUUUGGAGGAGGCACAGCAGAAAAAAUUCUGAAGUUGACGAAUUGAUAACAAACAAUAGGAUGCAUGUCUUUCUUCCAGAUGAUAUUCUUGAAAUGUGUUUGGUCAGGCUUCCAUUGACUAGUCUCAUGAAUGCUCGCCUUGUUUGCAAAAAAUGGAGGUCCUUGACCACCGCCCCUAGAUUCCUCCAAAUGAGAAGGGAGGGUUCAUAUCAAAAUCCAUGGUUGUUUAUGUUUGGUGCUGUUAAAGAUGGCUUUUGCUCUGGUGAGAUCCAUGCAUUGGAUGUGUCAAUGAAUCAAUGGUAUAGGAUGGAUGCUAGUUUUCUCAGAGGAAGGUUCUUGUUCUCUGUCGCUAGUGUGCAGGAUGAUAUCUUCAUUGUUGGAGGAUGUUCUAGCUUGACGAACUUUGGUAAAGUGGAUAGGAGCUCGUUCAAGACACACAAAGGAGUCCUUGUGUUUAGUCCGUUGACAAAAUCUUGGCGCAAAUCACCAGCUAUGAAAUAUGCUAGAUCACUUCCUGUAUUAGGAGUAAUUGAGGUCAAUUUAGACUUUCCAGCUUGUCAAAGUCAUCAAAGUCGACAGGAUAGACGAUUCCCAAGAUCAAGGAUUGGCGGGGUUUCAGAUGUGUACGAGGAUCCGCAUAAGCUUUCAAUGAGACGUCAUUGCAGAUCUUUUAAUGAGGGUGAAGCUUCAUCUUUGCCUGGUAGAAAGGCAUGCAAGUUCCUGAGACAAAGAAGUGAUCAUUCAAGCUCAAAGGGAAGUAGAAGGUUUUUGCUGAUAGCUGUAGGAGGUCUGGGAUCUUGGGAUGAGCCUCUGGACUCUGGAGAAGUAUAUGAUUCUGUUUCAAAUAAAUGGACUGAAAUCCCUAGAUUGCCUUUUGAUUUCGGGGUCGCUUGUUCUGGAAUUGUUUGUGGCAGGAUGUUUUAUGUUUAUUCCGAGACAGACAAGCUUGCUGCAUAUGACAUAGAAAAGGGUUUCUGGAUUGCAAUUCAAGCCGUUCCAAUCCCACCCCAUGUACAUGAGUACUACCCGAAACUUGUGUCUUCUAAUGGCCGUCUUUUCAUGCUCUCAGUGUCUUGGUGUGAAGGGGAUGGCCAAAUUGGCCGGCGAAACAAGGCUGUUAGAAAAUUAUGGGAGUUAGAUCUCGUGUAUCUUACCUGGACUGAAGUCUCAGUGCAUCCUGAUGCUCCAAUGGACUGGAAUGCUGUUUUUGUAUCAGACAAGAACCUCAUUUUUGGGGUAGAGAUGUUCAAAAUAUUUGGUCAGGUGUUGGAUUUUUUCACUGUAUGUGAUGUGUCUAAUAUUGCAAAUUGGAAGCAUAUUUCAAGGAAUCAUGUUACUCAUGAGCUGGAUGGGUCAUCAUGCUUGACCAAAUCUGUGGCAGUGUUACACCUUUGAAUAUCAUCAAAUCUUUCCCUGUGUUGGUUUGAGAUGCAACAUGAGUGACUGGUAAGUCCUACUUUGUCUUUGCUGCAUAAUUUUGUACAGGGCAAAUCUUCUGAACUCUCUGAACAUUCAGUUUCUGUGCUUCUCAUGUAUCUUUUUGUUUGAUUCAUUUCACACCAAUCAUAAAGUUCAAUUCCACCCUGACUCUUUGUACUUGUAUUCUUCCUGCUAUCCAAUCAGGCUUUUGGAGUUAUGUUUUUGUAAGUUGAAUUCUUUAUGCCCGGGCAUUUCUACAUAUUACUAAUUGCAGUAAUCAAACUCCUUAUGAAUUUGGUACAUGGCUAUAUGCAAUCCGAGUGUAAUAGUUGGCUUGAGGUGUCAGGCUUAAUGAUGAAAAGAUUAUACGAUGUUUGCUUGGUUGCA